AUUAUUUUUGUUGAGGCUGGAACCGCUUAUAAAAACGCACAGAUCAUUUUGGCGACAUCAGUUUCUCACCAAACGUAACGCAAAACCAAAUCUAGAAAAAUGAAUUAUUUUGCUGUAGUCUUUUUGGCCGUUGUGGCUUGUGCCUACGCAGGAUUAAUUGCCGCUCCUGCUACCAGAGUUUUACGAGGCCCCAGUAGCAGUGCAACGGUUAUCGGUCCUGAUGGAAGUUCUAUUUCCUCUAUUGCUCCUGGAGGCACCGUAGUGGCUGAUGUCCAACCCGGGCUUGUAGCUGCCCCUGCUGUGGUUGCUGGUGCUCCUGCUGUUGUUGCCAGAUCUGCGGUUGUAGCUCCAGCUGCUUUGGCUUCUCCUGGUGUUGUCUCCGCUUCUGGUCUUGUUGCUCGUUCUUCUGUUUUGACUGGAUGGGGUGGCACUCUGAUUGCUGGUCCUGCUGGUACCAUUACAACCUCAGAAUCUCUCGCUCCAGCUCCUUUAGCCGCUGCUUGGUUGUGAUUUUGUACAAAAAAUUAAUAAAAAAAUACCAAAUAUCCAAAUACCUAGUUAUCUACGAAUACGUAAAUAAUCAUAAAUGCAAUAGAUGUGUGUCUAUUAUUGAAAAUGUAUAAAAAAGUAAUGAGGUUUAUAAGUAAAUCUAUUUUUGAUAAUAAACAGUGUUUCUUUCUUUCAA